AUGGUAGAUGUGUGAGGUUAUGCAAUGUGAUUAUAUACUUCGCGUGACGGUGGUGUUGAUGGAUAGUUUUGACAGCAUUGCCAGUGCCCAAAGUUUAUAGGGAUUUGUUGUCUACGCUAGCAGGGUGGCAUACUGUUUUGAAAUGAGCUGACAACAUGGAAAAGGGGACAGUCGCAAAGGUGAUAAAUGACUUUCUCACGACGACUGCAGGAGAACUUUCACUGUGUAAAGGAGACAUUGUGCAGAUUCUGGAGAAAAUAGAUCGUCACUGGUGUAAUGGUAUUGUUAAUGGUACAUGUGGAAAAGUACCAUUGAACUACUUGAUAGAAGUGGACCCACCUGAUCUGCAAAAUGAUUAUGAACUCUUUGCCACAAUUGCUGAUUUUCCUGGACAACAACCUGGUGAUCUUUCAUUCAGGAAAGGUGAGCUGAUUAUUGGCAUAAAAAAGAUUGAUGAUAAUUGGUGGGAGGGAAGUAUUGGAAGUAGGAAGGGUAUGUUCCCUACAACAUACACAUGGAAGCUGGACUCAUCUUACAUAAAGGUGAAAUGUAAACCUAAAGUUUUAAAUAUGACAGCAAAAGUGAAGAUGAGUAUGAAAGCUCAGCUAGAGGAGGAGAUAGAUUUGUAUGAAGGAGAAAUAUUGACUGUUACUGAAGUUAUUGAUAAGGAUUGGUAUAGGGGUUGCUGCGGGGACAGAAUUGGAAUUUUUCCCGCAGCUUACGUCACUUUACUACAAGACUCCACUGAUGUGAUGGAUGGUGAACAUACAAACAUUCAGAACCAAUCCCUUAUUGUUAAUAGUGCCACAUUUAAUUGCACGGAUAUUAGAAAACCAGCUGUUAACACUCUUGGAGGGCAAUCAUCAAAUGAAGGAUCACAGAAUGAAUAUGUAACUAGCACAGAACGUGUCAAAGCAGACCUAGACAACUUGGAUGUGAUGAACAUUUUAGAUGACGAUUAUUUUAGGAAAAAUAUGCCAUCUGUAUUUACCAGCAACAGUGCUCCAGUUACUCAUACGUAUAGUUCAGAAGUGUCAUCAACACGCGAUGUUCAACACAUGGAAGUUGAUAUUUGUCCUUAUGGUGUAACACUGUACCCCUUUUAUGCCCAGUUUGACAAUGAACUAAGUUUUCAUGAAGGUGAAAUAGUGAGUCUUGUCAGACAUGUGAGCAAAGAUUGGAUAGAAGGAAAAAUUGAUGGUAGAAAGGGGAUAUUUCCAUCCAGUUAUGUGAAUAUCAUUGUAGAUUGUCAGCCCCAGUCUGAAUUUUCAGUGAGUAAUGACAGAAGUGUACUUCAUGAAGUUGAAAAUGUGGAAGUGAGGAAGAAACAUGACAUACUUCCACCAAAUUCAUUUGCUGUGGUAUUGUUUAAUUUUGAUGCACAAAUGGAUAGUGAUCUGACUGUAAAGCAAGGUGAAGUUGUUUGUGUUCUUCAGCAACCUAAUCAAGACUGGUGUGAAGUAAAAAAUUGUUAUGGAAGUUCAGGCCUUUGCCCACGUACUUAUUUAGCGUCAUACACAGUGCCAAAUAAAUUCACAGAUGGCAGUAAUCGUAGAUUGUCAGUUGCAGGUGAUGCUGGCUUCAGAAAAAACUUAACUGAUGUGCCAUUUCCUGACAAAACAGACUUAAAUAAGAGGAGAACACUUGAAAGUUUUGGUUAUCAUGAUAAGUGGAAGAAUAACAGCAUUGAUGAUCUAAUUUCCAAAAAUCUGGAAACUCUUCAGAAUUCAUACACAUGGAGUUCAAAAAUGAAUUAUAGUAAUAGAAGUGUUGCAGAUUCUGAGUGCCCGAUAACUGAGAAUAUUGCAGUAGCUCAGGAUGAGGCCAUAAGGCACAGUCCAGUGUAUUUAGCUGAAGAACCAUCAGAAACGCAAACUACCAUGCUCCAAGAGCAAAGUGAUUCUCGAUUUGAUGUAAGAAGAAGAGAAGUUACUUGGAACACGUACAAUGAUGUAAACAAUGAGUGCCGUGUAUCACCUGUGCUGAAGAGGCAAGCUUCUGACAGAGUGCCCCACAGGCCAGCUCCACCAGUGCCACUGCCUGGCCACAAACCUGUCCAUCGUUCAAUAAGAAAACCAAACAAGAAAAGUGUCCAUCUUGGUAAACUGGGAUCUCUCAUCAGUGCAAAAGAAAAACAAUUACAUGAAAUAAAGAAAGAAAAAAACGAAAUUGAAAACAAGCUCAGCAACAAUCCACACGAGAAUGAAGACAAUGUGCAAGAAAUGAAAUACAGGAUAAGGGAGUGUGAAGAAAAGAUUCUCUUCAUUGAAGCUGAUUUAAAUCGUAUACAAGGAAAUGUGUCACAAAAUAGUGUGGAUGAUUUGAGCAAACAAGACUGUGUGCUGCAGCAGAAACCACCUAGUGAUGUAAACUCCAGUGGCCAGGAAAUUAAUACUAACCUUGAAGUUAUGCAGACUACUUCUGUUACAGAAGAGGACCUAAGGAAGAAGAAACAGGAACAGAGACAAAAUGUAAUAUCAGAACUUGUCUUCACUGAGAAAGAAUUUGUCCGUGACCUGAAAAUUACCUAUGAAACUUUCAAUCUGCACAACCCUGAAUUUCUUGAGAACAGGGGCAUUAAUGUUGAAAUUGUUUUUGGGAACAUACUGGAUGUAAUGCAUCUGGCUGAAGACUUGCUGGACAAACUUCAGUUGGCAAUGAAGGGUAAAAAUGAUGAUGAGCAGUGUGUUGGCCCAUGCUUUUUAGAGCUCGCUGAAAGAAUGAAGACAGUGUAUGGUCAGUACUGCAUGAAUCAUGAUGAAGCUCUUCUGUUACUAGAAAAGUAUGAAUCAGAUGAAGGUAUACAGAAGAUCUUUAACAAAGGCUUGGAGACACUACGAUACCAAAUUGCAUGUUUUGAUAUGGGAUCAAUUCUGAUCAAGCCUGUUCAGAGGAUAUUGAAGUAUCCUCUUAUUCUCAAUGAACUUAUAAAGUGCACAGAGGAUGAUCACAAGGACAAACCUGCUCUCCUGGAUGCUGUAAGAACAAUAACAGAUGUGGCAACAUACAUCAAUGAAUACAAGAGGAGGAAAGAUAUUGUGCUGAAAUAUCUGGAAGAUGGCAAUUCUACCAUAUCACAAAAGAUGGCCAGAUUAUCUUUACAUUCAGUAGCAAAGAAGUCUUCACGAUUGGGAGCAAUGUUUACAUCAAGCUUAGGACUCAGCUCUGCGACAAAAGAUCCUAUUUUUCAAGAAUAUGAAACGCAAUUCCAUCUACUGGAAAAAACUAUUCGACUGUUUAUGAAAAAUGUAGAGAUUUUUAUGAAUCAUAUUCAUGAAAUGGUAACAGCCCAUAGCAAUUUGGGUGAAUCAGUAAGUUACUUCUAUCAAGAAAGACAUUCAGAAGUUGAAGACUUCAGCCAAAUUCAAAGGCUUAUAAGUCGGCAGUUCUGGAAGGAGUUUGAAAGUAUGAUACAAAAGCAAACAUUUAUGCCCCUCAGUUCACUCUUGGAAUUAUUCGAAGGACCAUUAAUAUUGAUACAGAAGUGCAAUGAUAAGUUUCUUGACUAUGCAGCAUGUUCUGCAAAGGCUGAAAAAUAUAAAGACUCACGAUUGGUGCAAGAAGAACUGUUGGCAGCAAAAAACAAUUAUGAAGCAUUAAACUCACAUCUACUUGAUGAACUCCCAACCUUAAUUAGGACUGCUUUAGAUCUCUUUCUGGAAUGCUUAACAGCAUUUGUAACAGCAAGAAAGUUGUUUUCAGGAAAGAUUACAAAACAGUACCUUUCUUUGAUGGAUCUUCCUCUAAUGCAGUCUGCUCAAGCUGAUGCUUUGGAAAACUUUGCUGUUAAACAUAGCCUUGUCCUAAAUCAACUGGCACGUUUAACAUGUCUCAUGAAGAAUACAAGACUGGAUGUAACUGUGAAAAAGCCUGCAAAAUCAUCUCCUACGCCAUCACCAAGAGUGUCCCAUGUGGAAGCAUCUGAUCAGGUUGCAUUGACUCAGAGUGACAGUCAGAAGACAUAUCUGAAAAAUCGUUAUGGAGUUGAUACACUAUUUUAUACAACCAAAUCAUACACAAGUAAACAGCCAUUAGAAUUGUCAGUUUCCACUGGGCAUUUAGUAGCAGUUAUAAAGAAACAAAAUCCCAUGGGAGACAGUUCAGUGUGGUUUGUAGAUGAUGGAGCCAAUCAAGGUUUUCUUCCCAGUAGCAUCUUAAUUCCAAACAGAGGUGAAUCACCAGUUAUGGACAUGGAACGAGGUACAAAAUCAAAACGAAGUCAGCAACAAGACAUCACUGAUUCAACUAAACAGUUUCCGUCUCCACCAUCGUAUAAUGAUGCCUUGGCUACAUCCGUACAGAUCCCUAAGCAGUCUGAUAUUACAAACAGUCAGACUCCUGUCCUAGAAGCUGAAGAUCUCAAAGAAGACAACUAUGAAGAAAUUUCUGAUCAGAGUCAGCAGCAUCUGUAUUCAGAGCUUGUAUUUGAGCCAGACCAGAGAACAAGAGAGUUCUACUAUGCUGUCUACAGCUUUGAAGGCCAGGGACCUACUACAUUGGCUAUAAAGGCUGGGCAAGUUGUUAAUGUUCUCCAACAUGAAGAUGCCCAAGGAAAUUCCGAAUGGUGGCUAGUAGUUGACAGGUUUGGGAACAAAGGAUAUGUACCAGCAAAUUACCUUGCUAAAUAUGAUAAUUAAAUUUUGUAUGAUGACAGCAGUCAGUUUCUUUCUGUAUACUGUAUUCAUUUUGUUAAUUAUGUGCAGACUGUAGUCUGUGUGAAACACUGCAACUGUUUUUGUAAGUGCCAAAGCCAAACAGACUAUGUGCAGCUAAGAACCACAUAUCAUUUCAUUAUUGUAUGCAUUUAACUGACCAGAAUAUUCAGUUAUUAAUAAUUUUAACUGCUCAUUUUGUGUGCUUCUGUGGUUUCAGCUAUCUCACAAUGCUCUGUUUUUGUAAUAAUGUUGUAUUUUAAUGCGCUGAAUGCAUGUAAUGUUUUUUGGAGGAAAACCUAAUUAUUUUACUUUAUUUGAAUAGCAUCUGUUUGGGCAUAUGCUAUAAACUCUUAGUUGUUUUCUCCCAUGCAAAUGAAGCCGUAUCUGUGAUAUUCUGCCUGCUAUGUAGUUUGGUGCUAACUAAAAAUGAAAGGAAAAUGUUUCCAUUCAAGAGUCACGAGAUUUUCUGGGCUGUAAGUCUGCCAACAAAGCUGUUAAUCAUUCAUCUGUAUAAAAUGCAGAGAGAGAGAGAGAGAGAGAGAGAGAGAGAGAGAGAGA